UCUCCGAUGGACGCGCUCGCGCCAAUGUCAAGAUCGAAGAUCGACCGUGCCAUCGACUUGAAAAUUAAAAACCUUGCGCUUCAAUAUUUUUUAUCGACCGACGAGUCUUGCAACGGAGAGUAAAUUCGCAACGGCUGGCUUUCAUUCCCUCCUAAGCACGAUAAUACAUAUACACAUAUAAGUUGACUCUCUUGUGUGCAUACGCAUUGACGAAUCGUUAUCGAUCAACCCGUGAAUGUAAAAUAUUGAGUGUACAUGAAAGAGGCCACGUACCCGGCAACUUUAUAAACUGAAAUAAAAGAUAUUCGGGAGGAGCCAGCAAUGGCGCGAAUACUCUUUCUAUGCGGCCUGCUCUCUACGGGACUGGUUUGCCAAGGCCAGCUGAAUUACGAGGGCAAUCCUUUAACGGAAGACAUCACGUACACCGCGCAAGAGAGUCAAUCUUCAAGAUUAAACGCGAGGCAACGCAUCGAGGCGGCUGACGCCCGAACGAGAAACUUAUCGAACCGACCUUUUAUCCCUUCGGCGAUUGAUCCUUUGACUCGGAAAGAAAACGAGUCUUCGUUACCGAGCGAUGAUGUCGUCGAUGUCACCAAAUACGAGGAAAUAAGAGAAACGACGACGAGGGAGAGCCUCGUUACGGAUAAGGGUUCACCGUUAAUGAUGACUAACCACAGCGCUGAUACGCAGGCUACGUCAACGGCACCAUCGGAGCUUAUCGAACCUCCGAUCGAGCCUGUCAAACUAUCCAUAACAAUACCUCGAGAGGAAAGUCGCCAAUUGCGCCAAUAUCCGAUGCGAUCGGUAUUUUCGGGUGUGCAUCAAGCCGGCCCCUACUUCCAACAAGUCUCUCAAAGCUAUCAUCAAACAUCUCGCUCUCGCGAGACACCUGAGGAAUCUCCGAUUCCAGUUAAUAAUCCGGUGGUCCAACCAAGACAGAGCUCGAUUAGUCAGAAUUCGAACGAAGCGCUCAGCGAAUUUCUCAACUCUCGUACACCCGAGGAAUCCGAGUUUGCGCUUCACAGAUUCAUGACAGAAAGAGAACGGGCGUCUCACCAAUCGGCUCAACACGCGUUGAGAGCGAAGAUCGGCCAACCCGGAAAACCGUCCGAGCCACGAGAAGCAGUUCGCAGCACGUUCGACAAUGAAAUAUCCCCGAAUUAUGAGAAUUCUCAUCAUCGGUCAAUGGAUCAUGUUCGAACUCUUCCAACGGCCGGAUUACCGGACGUAACCAAUCAAGUCUCUUACUUGACACGAGAAGAGUAUCGGAAUUUGUAUUCCUCACCGAGAUGGAGCCAGAAUGGAGCGCAACCCCGAAGAGACAAUUUCUACCCUGGCGCACCCGGGAGACGCCACCCCGGAUAUCGCGGACCCAUCAGAGCCCGGGUUGUUCCUUGGGCCCAACCUCGGAUCGCACCCGGAGCACCGAUCUACCUUCAGAAAGCUCCGCUCUACCCCGGACCACCCACGCCAGCCGGCAAUCAUCCCUGGAAGCAACCGGUUGAAGUAAUUUACACGAAACCUCCUGACUCCUCAAUUUCCAAUCAUCCGAUCCCGAGCAGCAAUCAACCAGCUGUUUACGAAGAUGCGAGCAAAUGGUUCCCCGAGUCGGCUCAUCAACCGCCGCAGAAAGACAUUUAUUACUCGCAGCUCUACGCUCAAUCGUACGACCCUCAUUACUACAAUUACAUCGCCAAAACCGGAAAAAUCAAGCCCUGGCUCUACGGUAAACUCGGGAAAUCCGAGGAGAAGAGUAUCUGGUGGGAGCUGUAUACCGGCUUUAAGAAUCACGGAAUGAAGAAUAUGAUGAACCCGAUGUUCUUACUUGGCAUGUCGAUACCGACAUUGACCCUGAUGCUUUCGGCUCUCAUACAGAAGAGAUCGGCAGCCCGUGCCUACGCCGGUCUCUACGAUCCUCAAGAAUUUCUCGACGUCUACGAGCCGCAGAUUCGUGCCGCCAUUUUAGCCUACGAGAACCAGGCCAACGGGAGCUCAUCAUCGAAGGAGAGGACCGAAGGGGCCAGAAGGCGAAAGAGAUCGACCGAACAGAGCGUAUCUCCAGGAUUCCCUUCCGAGGAAUCCUCCGAGAAACUUGAUGCUCAACAACACCAAGAAAAAAACACCGGCGUGGGGAAAGAGGAAUCGGAAAGAGCACCGAUCGGACAAGCUCCUCCAGGAGUUUAUCCUUUCGAGGAAUACUUCCUGGCGCAUCAAGCAGAGUUUGCACAAGCUUUUUUAGCCUACGAAAAAGAACAGAAAGAAAAAUACGAAAAGGAACAGAAGGAAGAUAACAACGAGCAACGAUCCAUCGGACCAGCUCCUCCAGGAGUUUAUCCUUUCGAAGAAUACUUCCUGGCGCAUCAAGCAGAGUUUGCACAAGCUUUUUUAGCCUACGAGAAAGAGCAGCAAAAAAAAGACGCCGAAAGACAGAAAAAGGACGACGAUAUGGUUCAGGAAAAAGGGAGAAAGAGGAAGGGAAAACAAUCGUACCUGAUACCACCUCCCCCUCACCCAGUUCAUCUAACACCCUUUCAACAUCUCCUCGUCACUCUUUAUCUAUCAGAACCCCCUUACGGUGGAACCCGGGAAGAGCGGUUAGAGUACUUCAACUCACAAAUCGGAGAGAUUGGCCAAGCGAUCACUGACUACGAGAACCGAAAUCGGGCCAAGGAAAUCAAUACAGGGAAAGAAAGUAGGAAAAAUGAAGAAAAUACAUAGAUCCAGGAAGUCCCUUCAGUUUAGUCCAAAGAGAAAUAAUCAUUUAAAAAAAGUGUCUCAUUAUGAAGAACAUUGAAAAACUGACUUAUUUAAAAAAAACCUUCAUUUUUAGUAGUGAUAACAUUGCGAAUGAUGGCAUAGUUUUCUCACAAUUCCCAAAUCAAAAUAGUCGUCCGAGUAGCUCUUCAAUGAACAUUUCUAAUCAACUCCAAUUUUUUCCACGUGGAUGCAAGUGGCGUCAUGGAAAAUAAAAAUUUCCCGUUCACUUCGAUCCGUGAACAAGAAUCUCGAUAGUUGCUUUUUUUUCAAUAGUUUAUUUACAUAUCGAAGAAAUGUCGACUACACUUCCGGUCCACCGUUUUACGAUGCACUUGACCCUGCAAGUUCCUCCUUCAUAUUUAUUUUCCCCGAGAUCCUAAGAAUCUCAUUCGACGUAUAAAACAAAAACUUCGACUCGAAAAAAUGCUCAUUAUAAAAUACUACGAGCAGAAUAUAAAUUGAGCUCCAUUGCAGUAAAUUAUGACGCUACUGUGAAGUUUGACAACGUAACUUCCUCGCAAAGAUACAUUUAAUGGAUCUUCGUUUAGUUGUAAUCGAUGAGCGGUGCUCUUGAAAACGUUUACGGCGAAAAUAAAAUAUACGUUACAUUUAUUGCGCUAAUAAACCAAACUUUCUAUACUUUUA